AUGCUGACCGUGACCUACAGCGUCCCAUCUUUCCACGACAUCACCUCUCUCCACAACAGCACCUCGCUCCACAACAGCACCUCGCUCCACAACAGCACUUCCUUAGACAACAGCUCGGCUCCGACUUUGAGCAACAACGAUGCUGGAGCAGGUGGUUUAAGGUUGAGGAUGUGGCUGAUAAUACAUGGGCACUGGUUACUGGAUUGUUCUUCUGUCUUUGUCUGCUCUGCUGUAGUGAUGCUCAGUUAA